AAUGUAGCUCGUCCUGUGGGUACCGUGAAAGGGGAGGCACCUGUUGCUGGAUAUUUAGAGGUGAUGUUGGCGUCAUGCUUUGCCUCUAAUGCACGACCUGCAGCAGAAGUGAUGUGGAGAUUAGGAGAUCUGGAAAACUCUCUGUGGACUGAAACCAAUCGGACAGUGAACCCCAGUGGGACCAUUACUGUUGUGUCCUACCUACUUGGUGUCCCACUCAAACAUUUUAACAAGAAGAACGUCCAGUGUGUGGUGAAACACAACACCCUGGGAGAGGAACUUGUGCUGAACUACACAAUAAACAUCCACUAUCCUCCAGAAUCAGUGUUGAUCAUUCCUGACAGUCCAACAAAUGCCAAAGAAUUCAUAUGUAUAGUGGAUAGUAACCCAGAACCACACGACUACAUCUGGACUAGAAAGAAUGGAAGUGCUCCCUAUUAUGAAGGCAACAGGCUUCUUUUCCCAAAACUGUCCCCCGACUUUAAUGGCUUGUACAUCUGUUUUGCUAAAAACAAAUAUGGAAGUUCAUUAGGUUCUCUGUAUGUCAGUGUUCAUAAUGAAUCCAGCACCGUCUGUUGGAGUCUGUUUGGUUUUCUCAUCUGCUGUGCUGUUCUUGCUGCUGUUGUUGGUGCGAUAUUCAAAUUCAAGCCGUGA